AUGAUUUGCUACAAGAAAUCCUUAAUUUUUAAGGAGACUUACAAUGUUGAACUGCAUUCAAAUAAAAUUGUAUUACAAAAUAUCAAAAGCAAGAUUACACAUAUACUGCGAUUAGAAUAGGAUUCCGUUGUGGAUUGGAAGUUGGAUAAAAAGAAUUGUAAUGUUCUUGCUUUGGGUAUUCAGAUUGAUAAUAAAUGGGAAUAUUUCUAUAUGAAAUAAUAAAAUCUAACUCUACUAAAGGAUUUUCUUGACGGGAAAGUUCAAUAUCAUGAUAUUUUUAAAUUGUAUCAAAUAGUAGGCUUUCUUGGUAAAGGAGCCUUUGGAAAAGUUUUCAAAUGUUAAAAUAUAUCCAAUGGGAGAAUGGUCGCUUGCAAGUCGCUGAAGUAGAGUAGCAAAUACAAUGAGAAGGAUUUUGUGAAUGAAGUAUAAUGUAUGUAGAAUCUCAAGCAUCCAAAUCUGGUGUAACUUAAAGAGUUUUGUAAAGAGGAACAAUGCUUUUACAUUUUCAUGGAAUAUGUUGAGGGAGAGACAUUGAAAAAUCUGAUAAAAAGGGAUUCGUUAGAUGAGAAAGAGAAGUUGAUUAUCGUUUAAUAAUUAUUAUCAGUGGCCAAUUAUUUUCACUCAGAAGGAUACAUAUAUAGAGAUUUUAAACCAGAAAAUAUUCUUUUCAUAGAGAACAAUGUCAACAAACUAAAAUUGAUAGAUUUCGGACUUACAAUUAGGAUCGAUGAGAUAGUUCGUAACAAAUAUCAGGUAUGUGGUACUCUCGGUUUUAUUGCUCCUGAGGUAUUUUAGAGGACUUACAUAUACGAUUUUAAGUCAGACAUAUUUAGUUUAGGGGCUGUUAUUUAUGAAUUAUUUUCUGGAAUUUAUUUACUGUAAAAUUCUGAUUCAAUGGAGCUGUAGAGUAUGAGUAAGAAAUUCUAAUUCAACAAAGAGAUGCUCUAAAAUAUUAAGAAUCAAACAAUUAGAAAAUUGUUAUAUGGGAUUUUGCAAGAGGAUCCAGUUUUGAGAAUUGACAGUAGGUAGGCACUCGAGAUAUUUCGACAAGCAAAUACAAAUGAUGGUGAGUUGUUGACUACUGAUGCAGAUUGA